CAGCUUGUUGCUUAUUCAUUCAGAGUGGGAAAGAGCCAGCCCGGCUGGCCCCAGACCCACGGAGAGAGAGAAAGAGGGAGGAGGGAAGGAGGGAGGAGGCAGCUGGCCAGUCCCCCCCCCCUCCGCCCCCAUUCCGCACGGGAGCCAUGUAAAGCCCCUCCCGGCGGUGGUCCUGGCCUUGGGGCCAGAUCUGCAGGGAGUGGCUCCACCUCCAGCCCCUGAGUCCUGUCCUGCUGCCUUGCCCCAGACGGAGCCCCCGGGCCCGGCCAGCCUCGCCUCGGUGCCUCUCUUCCUGCUGCCCGCUGCUGCCUCUCGGCUCCUCGCCUAGCCUCGCCUGGUCUCACCAUGCUGCUGGCCCGGGAACCCUCCCGUUCGGGACUGGCCCGGGAUGGGCAGCGCUAGGAGCCCCGGCCGGAAAGGAGCUGCCCACAACGCCUCGGGGAAGGGAGGGCCAGACACGUCGGGAGGUGGGGGCCUUGGGAGAAGGGGCGUCGCUGCCGUUCGUGGCCCACGCCGCUAGGCCAGUCCCCGGGGAGGCAGGCAGGAGACGGACGCCGCAGAGACCAUGGCCCGAGUCUCCUGGGAGUUCUGGGCGCUCUUGGGCUGCGGGCUCUUCCUAGUGACCCGCGGGCAGCAGCUGCAACAGCAGCAGAGCUCGGACGCCAGCCCCUGGAGACAGAUGAUCCAGUGGGAGAACAACGGACGGGUGUACAGCCUCCUGAACUCGGGCUCAGAGUAUCUGCCUGCGGGCGCCGCGCUCCCCGACGGCAGCAGUUCCCAGGUGCUCCUGGCCGGGGCCCAGCAGACCACCGGCCGCAGGAGCCCCGGCCGCCCCAUCCGCAGGCAGGCCCCCUCACUGCCCGUGAGGGCCGGCUCGGAUACCAUUCGAGGGCAGGCCAGGCACCCGUUCGGCUUCGGCCAGGUGCCAGACAACUGGAGGGAAGUGGCCGUCGGGGACGGCACUGGGAUGGCCAGGGCCCGCACCUCGGUUUCCCGGCAACGCCAGGCGAGCUCCGCCUCCUCCUCCGUCUCAUCAGCCUCAGCCUCAGCCUCUGCCUCAGCCUCCGCCUUCGCUCAGACCACCUACCGGCAGCCAUCUUACCAGCAGCAGUACCCCUACCCCCAACCCCCCUUUGUCAGUCAGUAUGAGACUUACGAGCAGUCCCCCCGGGCCUACGAUGAGAGCUACGUGUAUUACCGGAGCGCAGGAGGUGGUCCUGGGGCCGGGGCCGCCGCAGUGGCCUCGGCUGGGGUCAUCUACCCCUUCCAGCCCCGGCUGAGGUAUGAGGAGUACGGGGAGGAGCAGGCCCCGUAUCAGCCUCAGGGCUUCUAUCCAGCCCAGGAGAUGCCCCUCAUGCCAAUGCCCCAGCCCCAGCCCCAGCCCCAGCCUCAGCCCCAACCCCAGCCUUCCGAUGGGUUGGACCGGAGGUAUUCCCACAGUCUGUACCACGAGGGAACCACGAACUUUGAUCAAGCUUACCAGGACACUUACAACGCGGUCCCAGGCCAGGUGGUGCCAGGCCAAGUGGCUGCUGCUCCCGACACCCCACAGGUGAACGGGGGCUCCUCCCCAGGCUUGGGUCCAGGCUAUGUGACCGAUCCCCGCCUGGGCUGGCAGUCACCGUAUGCCAAUGUGCCCCCAGAAACUUACAUUCCGCCUAGAGUGGUAGAGCCUCAGCCACCAUUCCGGGUCCUGGAACCCUACGGCAGUGCCCCAAGGCCGGAACCCUACCUGCCCAUCAGAAGCUCCGAAGCUCCCCCAUUAAAUGGGGACAGACAGGGCGCCCAGCAAGGCCGGGUCAGCGUGGGCAGCGUGUAUAGGCCCAACCAGAAUGGACGAGGUCUCCCCGAUUUGGUACCUGAUCCCAACUAUGUACAGGCCUCUACCUAUGUCCAAAGAGCCCACCUCUAUUCCUUGCGAUGUGCAGCAGAGGAAAAGUGUCUUGCCAGCACUGCCUAUAGCCCUGAGGCUACUGACUAUGAUGUGCGCGUCUUGCUGAGGUUUCCCCAGCGGGUGAAGAACCAAGGCACAGCAGACUUUCUGCCCAACCGGCCCCGCCACACCUGGGAAUGGCACAGUUGUCACCAGCAUUACCAUAGCAUGGAUGAGUUCAGUCAUUAUGAUCUGUUGGAUGCAACCACAGGCAGAAAGGUGGCUGAGGGUCACAAAGCCAGCUUCUGCCUUGAAGACACAACAUGUGAUUUUGGCAAUCUGAAGCGCUAUGCCUGUACUUCUCACACACAGGGCCUGAGUCCAGGGUGCUAUGAUACAUACAAUGCUGACAUCGACUGCCAGUGGAUUGACAUCACUGAUGUGCAGCCUGGCAACUACAUCCUCAAGGUGCAGGUGAACCCAAAGUAUAUUGUGCUGGAGUCUGAUUUCACCAACAAUGUGGUGAGAUGCAACAUCCAUUACACCGGACGCUAUGUCGCCACCACCAACUGCAAAAUUGCCCAAUCUUGACCUGCUCAGGAUUUAGUGAUAUCAUCCCACCUGAGCCGCCCUUCUCCAAACAUGGUCUUGCUUUUUCGGGCCCCCGUAAGCCCAGCCCAAACCCCCACAGGCCCUGUGGACCCUGGACAGGAAGAAAGGAGAACCUGGCAUCUUGGAACAAACUGGAUGAUUUAAGUGACUUUAGGUCUUAUUUUUAUACUUAAGUUUCCCAAAAAAACUUUGUCGUGUGGGUUGUUGUAUUUUUUUAAAUUUUUUUAUUAUUUUGGCCACAAUGCUGAGUGAAGAUUGCUGAUGAUUUAAAUUGAAUAAAACAAGAUUUUCUAUUC